AUGCCCUCCAUAACGCCCCUCCUCCGCACAACCCCCCUCUUCUUCAUCUCCCUUCUACUCCGCCUCAUCCUCCUCUUCUACGGCCUCUACCAGGAUGCCCACUCGGCCCUCAAGUACACAGACAUCGACUACCUAGUCUUCACCGACGCCUCACGCUUUCUUGCCUCAGGCUCAAGUCCCUAUGACCGCGACACCUACCGCUACACGCCUCUGCUAGCCUGGCUCCUCCUCCCGACUGUCCGCUUCUCUGCUUUUGGCAAGCUGGUCUUUGCUGCGGCGGAUCUACUGGCAGGAUGGCUCAUGCUGCGCGUUCUUAGGCGGAGGGGCAUGGAUGAGGCCACGGCCGGAGGCUUCGCCGCGUUGUGGCUCUGGAACCCCAUGGUGGCCACCAUUAGUACGAGAGGGAGCUCGGAAGGCUUGCUGGGAGUUCUAACCAUGGGCCUUCUAUGGGCUGUCGAGCGGAGGAGGAUCAGCCUCGCUGCUGUCAUUCUGGGGCUUGCCGUCCACUUCAAGAUUUAUCCCUUCAUCUACGCACCAGCUAUCAUCUGGUGGAUGGACGACGAACGCCUGGGAAAGCCUACAAAGGCUACCUCUCAACCAUCAUCUCUGAUCAACACUCUCACCAAGUUCUGCUCGCCAGAACGUGUCAAGCUUGCCCUCAUCAGCCUUGCCACCUUCAUGGGCUUCAACCUCCUCAUGUACUCCAUCUACGGUACACCAUUCCUUGUUCAUACAUACUUCCAUCAUGUCUCCCGGAUUGAUCACCGUCACAACUUUUCCCCCUACAACGUUCUCCUGUACCUCACUUCCGCAACGCCCGCCGAUGCCACGCCCUCUAUCCGCAUCGAGUCUCUCGCCUUCCUCCCUCAGCUUCUCCUCUCUUGUGUCCUCAUCCCUCUUGCCCUUGCCAAGCGUGAUCUGGCAACAUCAAUGAUGGCUCAGACUUUCGCUUUCGUAACCUUUAACAAGGUCUGCACCUCCCAGUACUUCCUCUGGUACAUGGUCUUCCUACCGCUCUACCUCCCCAACUCUUCCUUCCUACGAAGCCCCAAGCUCGGCAUCUCGGCUCUCCUCCUCUGGAUCGUGUCCCAGGCUGCGUGGCUGCAGAACGGCUAUCAGCUCGAAUUCUUGGGUGUCAGCACCUUCUUCCCGGGCCUGUGGUUGUCCUCUCUUGGGUUCUUCCUUGUCAACUGCUGGAUCUUGGGUAUCAUCAUCAGCGACGGGGCCGAUGUACCCCAGUCAGCUGCUUCUUCCGUCAAGGCUCAUCUUGAAUAG